CCAUAUCCGCCAAUGACCACAGAAGAAGUAGAAGAAGAAGAAGAAGAAGAAGAAGAAGAGGCGCGCUCAGUGUCUGAAUUUGAAUCACACAGAGAAGCUGCACGCAUCCAGUGGCACCACAAUGGCUCAAGGUCAUAAGUUUCAGGACCUGGAGGAGACGGGGAAAGUGUUGGUGGACUUCAUCAACAGCAGCCAGCCGAAGGUACUGAGACGAGUGAGAGAUGAACACCAGGCUCUUUUUGAUCAACACGUAGAAACAAAAAAGAUUGUGACACAGAUUUUAAAAGAUGUGGCUCAGAUUGAGGAGAGUGCAGGUCAAAGGCUGCUGGACAUGGAGGAGGAGAAGAAGCAAAGGGAGCAGGAGCUUGAGAGCCUGGAGGAGCAGCUGAGGCAGUGCACAGCCAAGAGCCAGAUGACUGACUCAGAACUACAAUUUCUGCAGAGAGAGUUGGAGAAUCUGAGAAACACCGAACACGAGCUGGAGACUCUUCAGAGCGAGGUGGAAGAAGACACGACUGAGGUCAUCCCCUCAGCAGUAUACGUGGCUCAGCUGUACUACGUAAUUUCCAAGAUCAAGUGGGAAUACGACACACAGCCCAACAUCUUAAGAGGAGUGCACUAUGGUGCCGACCUGGCGACGCCCAUCAACAUCGACACCUCGCUGCGUUCUCGGAAUGAUGUAAGCGACCAGCUGUGGGGCUUUGUCAGCACUGAGUGGUAGAUGGAGGGCGGUGGUGGUGUCAGAAAUGUGCACAUUGUUUUUGUUUGUCUUUAUAUUUGUUUGUCUUCUGUUCUUUACAACAUUUACACUGUUUUAUGAUUAAAUAUGUCAGACCUUA